ACGGGGACGGCGCGAGAUGGGGAAGUCGGGGGAUGAGGACACCGCGACAUUUGAACACGGGGACACCGGGGCACGGGGACAGCUGGACGUGGGACACGCGGACACGGGGUGCGAUGCCGGAGGCUGAGUAUCACCGCUUGGAGGACCCCGAGGAGGAUUCCCCCCCGGGUGAGGAGGAGCUGCUGCUGCACGUCACCGAGGGGCGGCAAGGCUCCUGGCAUCACAUCAAGAACCUGGAUGAUUUCUUCACCAAGAUCUACCACUUCCACCAGAAGAACGGCUUCACCUGCAUGCUGCUGUCCGACCUCUUCGAGCUGGGGCAGUUCGUGUUCGUGGUGGCCUUCAGCGCCUUCCUGCUGUGCUGUGUGCGCUACGAUGUGCUCUUUGCUGACCGCCCGCUCAACCGCAGCCACGUCCCCCCCGAGCGCAGUAAGGUGACGCUGCCCGACGCGGUGCUGCCCGCGCCCCAGUGCGCACGGAGGAUCGCUGCCAGCGGUUGGCUCGUCUUCCUGCUGGCCAUGGCGGCGUUGUUCUGGCUGUGCCGCCUGCUGAAGGUGCUGCGCGGGCUGCUCGCCUCCUGGGAACAUCCGCCGCUUCUACGGGGAGCGCUGCGCAUCCCCGCGGGCGAGCUGUGCAACUACAGCUGGCAGGAGGUGCAGGCGCGGCUCAUCGCCCUGCAGCGCGAGCAGCAGCUCUGCGUGCACAAACGGGAGCUGACGGAGCUGGACAUCCACCACCGCAUCCUGCGCUUCAGCAACUACACCGUGGCCAUGGUCAACAAGUCGCUGCUUCCCGUGCGCUUCCGCCUGCCUCUGCUGGGCCCCGUCGUCUUCCUGACUCAGGGUCUGCACUACAACCUGGAGCUGCUGCUCUUCCGCGGCCCCGGCGCGCUCUUCCUCAACUCCUGGAGCCUGCGGCCGUGCUACAAGCGGGCGGGCGAGCGGCUGGCGCUGGCGCGACGCCUGGCACGGAGCGCCGCGCUGCUGGGGGCCGCCAACCUGCUGCUGUGCCCGCUGGUGUUGGUCUGGCAGCUGCUCUACGCCUUCUUCAGCUACGCCGAGGUGCUGCGGCGGCGGCCGGGCGUCCUGGGCACGCGGCGUUGGUCGCUGUACGGCCGCCUGUACCUGCGGCACUUCAACGAGCCACACGAGCUGGCGGCACGGCUGGGCCGCGGGCAUCGCCCGGCCACGCGCUACAUGAACUCCUUUGCCAGCCCCGUGCUGGCCGUGCUGGCGCGUCACAUCGCCUUCUUCGCCGGCUCCGUGCUGGCCGUGCUCAUCGCGCUCACCGUGUACGACGAGGACGUGCUGACGGUGCAGCACAUCCUCACCGCCAUCACGCUGCUGGGGCUGCUGCUCACCGUCGCCAGGUCCUUCAUCCCCGACGAGCACUCGGUGCAAUGCCCGGAGCAGCUGCUGCUGCAGCGCGUCCUGGCGCACACGCACUACAUGCCGCAGCACUGGCAGGGCAGCGCCGGCGCGGCGGAGACGCGCAACGAGAUGGCCCAGCUCUUCCAAUACAAAGCGGUUUUCAUCCUGGAGGAGCUGCUCAGCCCCAUCCUCACGCCGCUCAUCCUCAUCUUCGCGCUGCCCUCCCGCGCUCUCGACAUCGUCGACUUCUUCCGCAACUUCACGGUGGAGGUGGUGGGCGUGGGGGACGUCUGCUCCUUCGCGCAGCUGGACGUGCGCCGCCACGGGAACCCGCAGUGGCUGUCGGAGGGGCAGACGGAGGCCUCCGUGUACCAGCGGGCGGAGAACGGCAAGACGGAGCUGUCACUGAUGCACUUCGCCAUCUCCAACCCGCGCUGGCAGCCGCCGCCGCACAGCGGGCUGUUCCUCAGCCACGUGAAGGAGCGGCUGCACAGGGAUGCGGCCCCGCACGGCCCGGCUGAGGGCGCGCUGAGGGCGUCCCUGCUCGGAGAUGGAGCCGCUGCGCCGGACGCCCUGCUCACCAGUGUCCUGGCCCACCCACUGCUGGUGCCCCGGGACCGGCGCUUCACCCAGCCCUGCAGCACAGCCAGCGCUGCUGCCAGUGUCCUGCUGUCCCUGUCAUCCCCACUCCCUGGGAGGGGACACGGCCCUUUGGAGAGCCCUGAGCGCCCACUGCCCGAGAGCCCAGUGCUCAGUGAGUCGCGCCUGCUCAGCCUGAGCCGCUCAGCCGUGCUGGCCGAGGUGGCGUCUGCUGAGAUGAGCCUGCACGCCAUCUACAUACACGAGCUCCACCUGCAGCAGCAGCAGCAGAGCCCCGUGGGGCUGUGGGUGGCGGCAGGGGCUCCCAAGAGGCCCUUGGUGACCACAGGUGAGUGCUGCUGGGGGGUGGGGGGCUCCCAGACCCACACGGGGCUGUGGGGCGCUGACCCGUCCUGCUCCAGGCUCGCCGCCCGCGCCUCGCAGCUCGAGCUCCGGGAAAUGCCUCUGGGUGGUUGGGCUGAGGAGGACGAGGAGGAUGAGGAUGAGGAGGAAGAGCAGACGACAAAGUAGCUGUGCUGCGUGCGGCCGUGGUGAGAGCAGCCCAAGGCUCCGGAAUAUGGGAGGAUUGUCUGGGGCUCUGCCCACGGGGACCCCCAUCCUGCUGCAUCCCCACGCAAUGUGGGGCUGUGGUUCCCUCUGGGUGCUCCCGGCCCCCCAGGGUGCUAUAUUUAUAUGGGGGGGCACGACACCGUGGGGCGCAGGUCUGAGCCCACGUGGGUCAGGGCCCCCCCUGCCUGCUGUGUCACGGUGGGGGCAGUGCUGGGCCCCGAGCAGCCCUGGGGGCAAAUAAAGGUUUACAGAGCGUUGUGCCGUGCUG